UGUCCAGAAGGCGAAAGCAAGCUGUCGGACCGUGGACGAGUGCGAAGACCCAGUGACGAAUCGCCACUGGUCACGAGGAGACGAAACGCUUUCUCUGGAGAGGGGCUCGCAAUCCGGCGCAACCUUCCCCACCACGUCCCGGCGGCGGUCCGCAGCCUCCCCGGAACCGCAACGCCCGUGGGAGGUGACGCCGCGGCGGCCAGCCAGCUCAGCCAGCACAGUGAAGUCGGCGGCCAGACAGCCGCGUCGCGUUCCCCAGCCAGCAGCCAGCGCCGCCCGCGCACACUUCCGGACGAGACAGACAACUGCCCGUCGCUCCCGAGGCGCGCGUCAACACGGCCGGCGAGUGUGCUGCUGCGGCUUUUCUACGUCGACCGGGCGCUUCGAGCUUUCGUAGUUCGCGUAUUGGAGGCGAUUUGCGAGUCAGACCACCGCCUACAUCGGGCCUGCUGCGACAAUCGGUGGAUGCCAGUGGAGUCGUCUCUCGAACGGAUUGCCUAGUUGGAACGACUUUCACGCCAUGGACGUCGGCUUCAGAGAUCUCAAGUACACAGUCAACAAGUGGUACAGGUUUUCAGAGCCGGGUAAAACCAUCUUGCACGGGCUGAGCGGCACCUUCAAGUCUGGCCGGCUGACAGCGAUCCUGGGCCCGUCCGGCGCGGGCAAGAGCAGCCUGCUGGACGUCCUCUCCGGUUGCAGGCGGUCUGGCGUGAGCGGCGAACUGCUGCUGGGCGGCUCUCCGCGGGACGAGGCGCACUUCCGGCGAGUGUCGUGCUACCUCAUGCAGGAGGACCUGCUGCAGCCGCGGCUCAGCGUGCGCGAGCUCAUGCUGCUCGCUGCCGAGCUCAAGAUGCCCGCCAGGUGCUCGCGGAGGCACCGCGAGGAGACGACGGAGGAGAUCCUGGAGACGCUGGGCCUGUGGGAACACCGCAACACCAGGACGGAGCGGCUAUCGGGCGGCCAGCGGAAGCGGCUCUGCGUGGCGCUGGAGCUAGUCAGCAACCCACCAGUCUUCUUCCUGGACGAGCCCACCAGCGGGCUGGACGAGGUGUCGGCCAAGCUGUGCCUGCGGCUGCUGCACGAGGUGUCGCGCCAGGGCCGUGCCGUCGUCUGCACGAUGCACACACCCUCCGCGUCGCUGCUGGCUCUGCUCGACGACGUGUACGCCAUGGCGCGCGGCCGCUGCGUCUACCAGGGGCCCAGCGGCGGCAUCGUCUCCUUCCUCGCCGCCUGUGGCCUCUACUGCCCCACACACUACAACCCCGUCGACUACCUGGUGGAGAUGCUGGAAGUUCCCGACGAAGAGGACGCGCUUGUGUUGGAGCGACUGUGUGCAGCCAUCGACAACGGCCGCAACCGGUGGCAGCUCCCACUGCCCGUCACUGCAGGUGACGAGUACGGUAGCUCCGAGGUAGCCAACGUCUUCGCUGCGGCUCCAGACAUUUGCAACGGGAGAUCGGGCAGCGACUCCUACAGCGACAGCGGAUCCUCAGAGAACGACCAACAGUUGGUGACGACGUCAAGCAACAAGACGCUGCGGCCGUACGCAGCCGACUGUCCAGUUUCGACGUGGCGUCAAUUUAUACUCUUGUGCCAGCGGAUGGCGACCCAGGCCAGAAGAAACAAGGUAGCCAUCACAAUACAGGUAUUUCAUCAUUUGAUGUGUGCUCUUCUCCUUGGACUGGUAUUCUUAGGACGAGCUAAUGACGGCAACCUUAUGUUUGAGCAUUUGAAAUUCUGUGUAGCAGUUAUUCUUUUCCACACUUAUACAUGGUGUAUGGUGCAAGCUAUAUUAUUUCCCAUUGAGGCAAAGCUAGUGCUGAAGGAGCACUUAAAUGGUUGGUACAGUCUUCACCCAUACUAUAUGGCGCUUCAGCUAAUUAGUUUACCUUCUGUGGUCUUUCUCAGCCUUGUAUUCCUAAGUAUAAUCUACACAAUGAUAGGUCUACCAAUGGAGCUCAAUAGAUUUCUGCUCUUUGCAGUUAUGGGAAUAAUCACUUCAAUAGCUGCUGAAGGAAUGGGCAUUGCUAUUGGUUCAACAUUCAGUAUUACGAAUGGUUGUAUUGUUGGCCCAGCUACUAUUGCACCUUUCCUGGGAUUAGCAAUUUAUGGAUUUGACUUUGCUCAUGAUAUACCAACAUGGAUGAAUGUACUGAUGCAGAUGAGUUUCAUGCGAAGCGGAGUUGUUGGUUUAGUGCUGAGUGUCUUUGGUCUCAAUAGGCAUGUCCUAGACUGCCCUGACAUAUAUUGUCAUUAUGCAGACCCUGAAGUUAUUCUUCGAAUGACAGAUCUAGAUGAAAUGUCAUUUUGGACGCCUAUCUCUUAUAUAAUACUUCUAACAUUAACUUUAAGAAUUCUGGGUUUCAUAGGACUACGGGUGCGACUUGUUAAAUAAUGAGACUCAUUCCUUCCACAGUUCAUUGUGGAACACAGACAUGUGGGCUGAAUUGAGAGUUUUUGUAUGUGGCUGUGCAGUAUUAUUUAUUGCUGUAGAUUAUAACAAUGUAAUUAAUAAAUCAGGAAACUGAAAGUUAGUAAGAAGCAAUUGAAUGAGAGCAAGUGCUGUCUAAUGAUGGGUUUGUGUGUGUGUGUGUGUGUGUGUGUGUGUGUGUGUGUGUGCGCGCGAGCGCUUGUGUUUAUAGGAACCAAAGAAUAUCUUUCAGAGUACAAUAAAAUAAUAUUUUAGUCUCUAAAGGUACAAUAUAAUAAAUAUCUGAAAAUAGUAUGUGUGUUACUGUCCACCAGACUAUUUUUAGUACUAUAUUGUUUCAAGAUGUGAAAAAAUUAUAAAAUUUGGUUAAGUUAUUCAAAAUAUUGAUGUUUUUUUCAGAAUGCUUAAUGUAAGUGGUUCAGAAAUAUUUUUAGUGUACCUAUUUUUUAACUAACUUAAUGUCAGCUUACUGCAAAUUUUAUUCUGUACCUGUCAGUCUGGUAAAAUGAAUAUAAACAUUUUUUACUUUA